AUGCUACAUUGUAUGGUUGACUAUGGUGCUACUCCUAAAUCUGAGCUAAAUACUAAGAGAUUCUACCAAGAAACUGUACCUGAACAGAUCUCGAAUGUGUCUACGAUCAAAGGCAUCGCAUUCAGGACUGUUGUAUUCAAACAUCUGGGCAGGAAGCAUCUUAGCAGGUCAGAUUGCAUGUACUCAUCCAGAAGUGGCCUUUGGAGACCUUAUCGGGAGAUAGUUAGUUCAAAAUCCUGGAGUCGCGGUGGUGGUUCACCUGGUGGUCCACCAGGUCCCAGAUUCCAGAUUACUAAUCACUUUGUAGCUCAUACAGUACCCCCACUUGAUAGGCUCGAUAGCAUACCUACCUCGCUUUGUUCUCGAAUCCGACAAAAUCCUACAAAACAACGAACAGGACAAGAAUUACGGCUUAUGGAAUGUCACCAAGAAUGA